GGGCCGUCAAGAUGGCGGCCCAGGGGAAAGGAUGGGCAAUGGGCCUCCUGAGGGGAGGCUCUCGCCUCGGCCUAUGGCCUCAGGCCCUCGUAGGGGAACGGGCCUCGGCCUCAGGACGGCUUCUCUCCACAGAGAAGCGGCAGGCGGACACGCAUUUCGGGUUCCAGACGGUCCCCGAGGCGGAGAAAGGGGGCAAAGUUUACCAGGUGUUCGAGAGCGUGGCCGAGAAGUACGACGUGAUGAACGACUCGAUGAGUCUGGGAAUCCACCGCCUCUGGAAGGACCAGCUGCUGCGGCAGAUGAGGCCUCAUCCGGGGACCCGGCUGCUCGAUGUGGCUGGGGGAACGGGAGACAUUGCCUUUCGGUUCAUUAAUUACAUUCGCUCUCAGCAACGGCGGCGGCAGCGGGAGCAGCUGAAGGCCCAGCAAAACCUGUCCUGGGCGGAAAUUGCCAAGAGUUAUCAGGGUGCGGCCCGUGACCCCUUGGGGGGCUCCCAAGUAGUGGUCUGCGACAUUAACAAGGAAAUGCUGAAGGUUGGCAAGGAGAAAGCCCAAGCCCUGGGCUACGGAAAAGGCCUAGCCUGGGUAGUGGGCGAUGCCGAAGAACUGCCCUUCGACGACGACAAGUUCGACGUGUACACCAUCGCCUUUGGAAUCCGGAACGUCACCCACGUGGACCAGGCACUCGAGGAAGCCUAUCGGGUCUUGAGACCAGGAGGAAGGUUCCUCUGCCUGGAGUUUAGCCAAGUCACCAACCCCCUCGUUUCCAGGCUGUACGACCUAUAUAGCUUCCAAGUAAUCCCAGUUCUCGGGGAAGUCAUUGCCGGGGACUGGAAGUCCUACCAAUACCUCGUGGAGAGCAUCCGGCGCUUCCCGGCUCAGGAAGAGUUCAAGGAGAUGAUCGAAGAUGCCGGUUUUCGGAAGGUGACGUACCAGAGCCUCACGUCCGGCAUCGUGGCCGUCCACUCGGGCUUCAAACUGUGAUCCUUCCCGGCCCUUAGAGAUGCAGCCCGCCUCUCCUUUCGGGAAGUCAGCGCCCGGGAGGACCAGGCAGUUUCAGGAGAGCCCAGCGGGAUUUUCUCCCUGUUAUGGAAUUUGGGCCGUGGAAGUUGGGUGGUAAGGGACGGCGGAGCUGGGGUUGUUCUCUCCUCCCCACGGCUUCAGGCGACGAAGGGCUGGAGGCUGCGUGGCCUUUGGUCUCUCGGGAGAUUUAUUUUAUUUGGAAACUCCUGUCCGUUCAUCUCCCUCGAAAUCCGCCCCCUGAGAGGCUGGGGAAGCCACCGGAGGAGGACAGAUAAAGGACUCGAUGUGGAAGGAGAAAGGGAAGGAAAGGCCCAACUUUGGCUCAGCCCAGAAGAUUCCCAAGGAUACAAUUUCAGGAGUUCAUUUGGGGCCCCAGCGAACUUCCCUUUCUUGGCUUGAGGGGUGGCCGCGGGCUUUACGUUGUGACGAAUAGAAUUAAAUAUGCUGAAUAUU